AGAUUUCACUGCGCCAGGCGUUUAUUGCCGGCCAUUCUUCAUCCCUGACAAAACUUCUGUACAACGCCGGUGAAAAGAAGAGCAAGAUGCACUUUGUACGAUGGAGGUGACAGCGGGCCGCCAACGGAGAGAUUUCCGUAGUAUUUACAGCACGAAAUGAUCUCUGGUAUUCAGCGGCGUCUAUUCCAUGCAGCAGCGGAAUUGCUGAAAAAGACUCCGGCUGAGCAGAGAUGGUUGUCAAGACAGCUGCAGGAUCCGUUUGUGAAAGCUGCUCAGCAACAAAACUAUCGCUGCCGUAGUGCAUUUAAGCUGCUGGAAAUUGACGAGAAGCAUGGUAUCUUGCAGAAAGGAUUGAACGUGCUUGACUGUGGUGCAGCACCAGGUGCCUGGAGUCAGGUUGCAGUUAACAGGGUUAAUGCCACUAGUUCUGAUCUGAAGGCUCCGGUGGGUUCAGUUGUGGGAGUUGACCUUUUGCACAUCCCUUUGCUGGAUGGUGCCUUGUUCCUGUCUCAUUGCGACCUCCUGGAGCCAAAGGACCAAGCUAGAAUACUGGAGGCCCUGCCAGGGGGAGAGGCUCAGAUUAUCCUAAGCGAUGCGGCACCAAACGCAAGUGGCAUUCGUGAGCUAGACCAGCAGCAAUUUGUUGAUCUUUUCCUUUGUAUCCUGGGACUGGCUGGAAGGGUAUUGUGUCCCAAUGGCACCUUGCUUUGUAAAUUCUGGGAUGGAGCAAAUACUGGCCUCCUCCAAAAACGACUUACCAAAUUGUUUGGAGAAGUGAAGAUUUUAAAGCCAUCUGCAAGCAGAAAGGAGUCAUCAGAGAUCUACUUUUUAGCAAAAAGAUUCAUAAGAGGUUGAUAAUAUUAACUGAAGAAUGGUUGAUAAUAUUCAAAGGAACUUUGGUGCACUGUAACAAUUUGUGGGAUUUUGUCAUUUUUACAAUGUAUUGCGUGUCAGUACUCAUACCCACAAGCAAAUGGUCAACAUUCAUUCCUUACCACAAUGGACAGUGGUCUGUCCUAAGGGGAUGAAUACCAUUAUGUUCAUCAAGAAUAAAAAUCAAUGUUUAGUCACUCAACUGAAUAAAAUCUAAGUCCUUGCAAGAUUUUUAUAUAUCUGCCUUCUAAUAAACUUCACAGUACAGAACC